UGACAACAUCAACCACAAAAUGACAAAGCCAAACAUCGCAUUUAUCGGACUAGGGGCAAUGGGAAUGGGCAUGGCCCUGCACCUCCUCGAAGAUGGAUUCCCUGUAGCAGGAUUCGACCUCAACCCCAAGGCCCUCGAAACCCUCAAAUCAAAAGGUGGCAGCGCCGCCACGAGUCCCCGGGAAUGCGUACAAGACUGCGAAAUCGUCGUUGGAAUGGUCGCCAACGCGAAACAAACCGAAGCAGCCUUUUUCACCGAGUCCACUGGCGCCGUGUGGGGAUUAACAUCCAACGCGACGAUUAUCCUUUGCUCGACGUUUCCGCCCGAGUUCCCCGCGCAGGUGCAGACAUUGUUACGCACGCAGUUCGACAAGCCGGAUGUCAGCGUGAUCGACUGCCCUGUGUCGGGGGGCACGGUGCGUGCAGCGCAGGGGGCAUUGACGAUUCUCAGCUCCGGCGCAGCGACGGCGUUGGAGAGAGCAAACCCGGUGUUGAGGUCGAUGUCACAGCAUCUAUACGAAAUUCCGGGCGGGCUGGGCUGGGCCAGCAAGGUGAAGCUGAUCAAUCAGCAGCUGGCGGGGAUUCACAUUGCGGUGGCUGCAGAGGCGAUGGGGUUUGCGGUUACGCUGGGGUUGAAUACGAAGGCUGUCUAUGAAGGGGUUGUUGGGAGCGCGGCGAAUAGUUGGAUGUUUGAGAACCGAGUGCCGCAUAUGCUGGCGGAUGACUGGACGCCGUAUUCUGCGUUGGAUAUCUUUGUCAAGGACAUGGGCAUCGUCACUGCCGAAGGACACAAUCACCAGUUCCCCCUCUUUCUAUCCUCUGUUGUUGAACAAUUCUAUCUCCUCGGUGCUCGGAUGGGAUAUGGAAAGGAAGAUGAUUCAGGACUGGUGCGAGUAUUCUGUCCAAACGGGUCAGUGAGCGCUUCAUCAGAGAAUGAAAAUGCAGUUUAUAUCCAAGCCAUCCAUGAGCUGCUGGAGAUAGUCCAUACCUUUGCUGCAGUGGAAGCACUGGCGUUGAGUCAGAGAAUCCAACUGCCUCUGAAGGAGCUGGUGUCGAUCAUCAGCACUGCUGCUGGGUCCAGUGAGUCUUUCAAACGAGUGGCUGCAAAUAUGCUCGAUGGAGAUAUCUCGACUGGUGCAAAGAUAGCAGACAGUCGUGCUAAAUUGGUUCGUUUUUCAUCCAUCGUAUAUUCUUAUUCUGACAUGGACAGGACAAUAUUGUAUCUCUGGCAAAGGAAUUCCAGUAUUCGCUUCCUCUGACG